AUGAGUUUAAGAGAAAAGAAAUUGUACCUCAAAACGACUAAUAUCGGAGAAGAUCGAGUAAAGAAACUUAUUCUAUCCAUGAAAAAGCGAUUGGUAGCUGUGUCGCGGACAUCGAUUUCCUACCCCCUCCACGAUCCUGGGUGCUACGCUAAAGUAUGGAGCAGGAGAAUCAGUCAGUCGAGGACCGCAGUUCGGUCAGUAAGUGCGAUGGCCACAUGUUAUCAAUCGUAUGAGUUAUCCUCUCCUCAGAGGACAGUGCAAGUGCCUAUACAGAAAGACUAUAUGAAACCUCUUCACGUGGAUUGCAGUGUAGAAUACGAAUUACCGAAUACGGCGAAACCGCCGCAAGGCGUUAGGAAUGAGCCUCUUCUGAUGAUCCAUCCCUGUUAUUUCAGGAAGAUCGAAAGUCAGAGGAGAAGUCCAUUCAUCAACAAUCUUCCACCUUCUAGGCCUCCGACAACGACCACUACAACGUCUGUCAAAAGGAGAAUGCCUAGAGGACAACAACUUCCUCAGCAAGUGCCACAACAAGCUGCUCAGUAUCCUGUUCAGUAUUCGACGACGUCAGACAGACAAAUAUGGGAGUUAAUGCCACCUUUAGUGCCAAUUACUUCGGCCGCUCAGCCUUAUUGCAAACGAGAACGUCUAAUGUCAGCCUGUGGACAAACCUAUACAUCGGGAAGUGAUUCCGGUCAUUGGCCAGAUCCUGAUCAUUCUCCAGAUCGCCCCGAAGAAAAACACAUCCUUUCGGGAAAAUAUAGGCAGUAUUUGAGGGCUCAUAGACUUCAUCCAUACGUUAGUUCAGCAAUUCCCUUAGGAACGACGUUUCCUCAAAUCCAGCAAGUUUGUUAUAAUGUCUGAUCACUGUGAUAUGUUAAUUCCGAUUCGGACUGGUCGAAUGCGGAACCAUUUGCCUCAUCUGUGGUUUCCAUAAUCUUCUUGUGAUAAUAGUGUGUAAUUAUGUGACGACGACGAAGGGCACUAGAGGCGCGUGCGCUUUUGUCCGGGCGUGGUAGUGAUCCUGAUAAAUCAGCUGUAGCUGUGCAUUUUAGCCUCCGUCUCCUUCAGGAUUUUUUUUGUUUUCAUUGGAAUAUCAUCUAUAUUAUGUGAAUUGGAGUUGGUGGUAUAUGGGUGUUUCUGCCAUAUUUUUUUUUGUGAACACUAUCUACCAAUCUAAUUUGAAAAAUUGAAUAAAAAGGUACCUACAAUGUAGUAGCGAUAUUGUUAACAACAAAUUCAAGUUUUUUAUUAAUAAUUAUGACAAUUGUUUUGCAUUUUUCAAACAGUACAUAGGUACAUAAGAUUCGCACUAGUUGGAAAAAAUUAACUAAAAAAGGCUUAGUAUCAAUUAAAAGGUGAGUUUUACGUUUACAUAGUUUAUUUGAUGAAGUUUUAGAAAUUUCAUUUCAAUUUGAUAUUUAGGUGAUUAAAUUUUGCGAUUACUUUUUUAAUAGUUUUUUUUUCUGGUGGCCUAAAUUAAACUUUGCAGAAAAUUUAGAAGAAAAAAGCGAUUUCCAGAAUGUAGAGCUGAAAUAAAUGUUAAUAUAUACUUUUUAAAUGUAAAUAUUAAACUUGUGAUUUUGGGAAGCAGUGUAAUUUUCAAAUUUUACUUAAAACUGAAUUUGAUAUUUUUCCCAACUAGUCAAAGUGAUUUUAGUAAUUUCAUACCUGCUAAAAACGUAGAUUAGAAAUUAUUACAAUCAAACAUUUCAAUAGUGAUUAAAAAUUGUUUCAUCUUCACUUUCAAGUUAAAAGGGGGUUUAACAUUUUUUGAAAUCGUGGCGAUUAAAGUGUUUACGUAAGUCGUUUGCUUUUGCUAAUCAAUUCGCGAUAUAAUUGAGUAAUAUUUAAAAGGAAAUAUUAAAUAGCUCAAUUUGCUGACCUAGAAAAUUAUGCUGUUGAUGUUGACGUCCGACGGAAACGAUGUAGAAAUUAGAAAAUUAUUCCAAUGAAGUAAAAGAUAUAUAAUUUACACGAUAAAAUGGUACCAGUAUGUUGCCCUAUUAUACAGUUUCGCAAAUAUUAAUAAUUAAGGUACGCUCAUUAAAAUAAAAACAGUUAUUAGUUUCUUUUCAUUUUAUGAGUAACGUUUCAGCUAUUUUAAUUUCAUAUUCAGUGAUAUGACUAAUUAUUAGUAAAUGUUUAUUAUUAUUAUUAUUAUUAAGAGGGUUAGUAAUCAUAACAGCUGCUGAGCGUGGGUUCAUAAUUAUUAGUAAAGUGGUUUUGGUUUUCAGACAUAGACACGACAAUGGAAAAUCAACAUUUUCAUUAAAAACUUUAAUAUUUUGAAUUUCCAACUAAUUGUUCUCUCAAAUUAGGUAUGUGAUAAUCAGAUUUAAAGUGAAAAUCAUUAAUAAACAUACUUCUAUAAUUAUAGAGUGGUUGUUCUUCAAUUAGAGUCAUUAAUUAUUAAUGCAUACUUACGUCAGUGGGUUUCUAGAAAACUUAUUAGUCCGAUAUUUAACUUUUAUUCAGAAAUGAUGUGUUUAUAUUAAAUUUGCAAUGUAAAUAGUUUUCAGUAUAGAAAAUUAUGCAAUAAAAAGCUUUGUAAGCAGCUGGAAGAUCUUUGUAGAUAAAAAAAAUGUAAAUUGGUUCAUAAUUGUAACUUUGGAAACUUAUUACUUCCACUUAGUAUAUUACUUAAUAUCAAAAUUUAGUUAAUAAUUAAAUUCUGAAGCGUAAUACAUCCAUUAUUUUGAUUUUGUAAUUCCAAUUCCAUUUUUUUCAUCCUUUGGUAAAUGGUGGUUUGAUGUAAUACUAUAUUCUUGUGCAAUGGAUGUAAUUAACGUGAAGAUUUUUAUAAAACUUUUAUAAAAUUUUAAUCAACAGGCCAAAUGUUUUUGAAGUAAUAAAAAUCUACAAAAUUGGAUGAACAGAAAUUUUUUAAAGAGAAUAAAAAUAUUAUUAAGUGAAGUAUUGAAAUAAUUUUUUAUAUCACAGUAUUAAUGAAAUCUAGUGAUGCAAAUUUGAAUAAUAUUAAUAUUUUUAUCAUUUAAAAUUUUAGAAAAUUCGCCACGACUUUUCAGGAAAUUAUUUGGAAUUAAAAAGACUGUCAAAAAUCUAAAUUAUUUCUCUACUAGAUAUCUUACAUUCUCUGAAAUUUUAUAAUUGUAUUUUAUCCCGAAAUAAUCUACAGUUAGAUCGGUAUAAUUACGAGCCUUAAUAAUAUAUUCUAAUUUGGGAUUGCAUGUAAUAAUUAAAUAAAAAAAAAAUUAAAGUUCCACAUUUUCAUUUCCAAAACCAAAGAAAUGUUAUAAAUUACGUAAAUAAUAUCUGUUGUUUUGUCUUUUCGUGUUUUAAAGUUAUAAAAAUAUUAUGGAAUGCUUUACCUUACUUUUCAUUAAUCAUUUCUAAGUAUAUAAGUCAAAUUUCAUUGAAAUAAUGCAAUUUUCAGCUUUCAGCAAACUUUAUGAGAAACAAUUCAAAUACAGAUAUUCUUUUUCAAUUUAUCAUUAUUAAAAAAAGGAGAUAACAUUGUUUGAGGUAUUGGAAAUCAUAUUUUGAAAACGGGACUAUCUCUCUAGAUUCUGCAACGUUGAUAUAGUUUCUGAUCCCACUCCCAAAUACUGGAUGUUCAAGAAACAGUAGAUUUAAGUAAUUUCCCUGUCCGUUAUCAGUCAGCUGUUGUGUAUUGAGAAUUAGCAAAAAAAGCUUUCGAAGUAUAUCCUAUGUCUUUCAUCAUAACUUAGGCUAGGUAUAAAUUAAAAAUACACCAAAAAAAAAAAACACCUAUCGGCAGAAUAUUUACGGGUUUAAUAAAUAUAGUUCAUUAGACAAUACAUGUUUGCGUCGUAUUUCUGUGCAUUGAAAAAAAUCUUAGAAAGCAUAGUUUUUUAACUGACAUUUUUCUUAUUUAACUAUGGCUUCGAAAUCGUUCUGUAAUCACGUAUGCUUAGUUUUAAAAAAAAGUCGCACCUACCGGAAUAUUACGCCGAACUCUUCUUGUUCACGCAAAUGCGAUUGAAGUCGAAUAGAGCUUUGCACUGAGCCUCAUAUCUGCACUUUUUGAGGGUUUCGUUUAAUCACACAUAAAAUGUCACAUUAAUUGAUUAUUUUAAAGAAUAUUGUAAGUAUUACAACAUUAAACGGAAAGUCAAAAAACGAUUUCAAGGUCCAAGUAUUGGAACUGCUUUCGUACUUCUUUAUGUGCCUCAGUUUGUUGGCGAUUGGUUUCUCGAUCAUUGGCUAUAAGUAAAAUGUCCUACGUUUCGUAUUCCACUCUAUUCUCCAAGUGUUUCAAAACCAGGAAGCUUUUCUUACUUCAUUCUUUUAUUUUCACAUCGAUAACGACUUCCCUUCUUAACGUUGCUCAGAAAAAAGCAUUUUUCUUCACCUUUUAAGUAAUUCCCUUCUCUUAUUUGCUGUUUUCGGCACAUUUAUCGUUAGUUUUGUGUAUGAAUUUUAAGCAUUCAUCUAUGUAUCCAUAUUUCUAAUGCUAAUCAUUGUUGACGCUCUAAUUCAGUAUCGUAUUUUUCGAUGUUAGGAUCUAUUUUGUUUGAACAAAAAAUGUCACCCUUGUUUGUACCAUUAAUCGAUUUCCAUGUAAUACUACCAAGCAAUUUCUUACUGUAAAUUUACGCUGAUGGUGAUGGUAAAAGCGUUUGUAGUUUGGCAUAAAUUGUUCAGGUCUGUGCGAAGUAUUCCAUUUCAAAUAUGGUAACCAAGAAUUAUUUGUUACAAAGAUAUAAUUAAUUUUAUUCUAUGUUCAGUUACUUAUAUAUUAUAUGAUUAGAGGAUGAUCAUUUUACAAACUUAGAUACAGGGAAGUGAAUGAAAAACUUGUUAUUCAUCUUAAUUGAUGUUGUCACAAAUCUAGAGCUAUAACAUGAAAUAUACCUAUGAACAAAUAUGUUUUUAUAUAUAAUAGGGAGGUAAAAUCUUUUAAAUGAUUAUCUUUUUCUAUAUACAAGUUUGUACAGUUCUAGCGUCCCCAUUUUCUGUUAAUUUAUAUAUAUAUUGGUAGAUAAAUUACUAGGAACUUAGAUUUUUCAGAUUAAAAGAAGUUGGUUCUACUUUUAUAAGUUUUCAUAAUCCUCUUUAUAACUUUUAAUCUUUUUGCAUUUAUCUUUAGCUCACUCAUAAAUGUUAAUCAAGUUCUUAAGAGCAUAAUUUAAAUUUAAACUUUUUUAUUACUUCCGGCUAUCGAUUACCUGACAUGUACCUAAUUAUUCGCUUUUAAUUAACAAAGUAACUGUUAUAAAUAUACACAGUUACCAAUUCACUUAUAUCUAUGCUUUCAGAUUCCUUGAAACAGUAAACAAUUAGUUUCUUUUUAGCUCAAAUAUUUAUUGUAGUUAUUUGUUUCAAUUAUUGUAAAUUAACUUUUAUAUUGUAAAGACGCUUAAACAUAUAAACAAACUUUUUGGAAAAAUAUUGAAAUUUAACAACCAAAAUUAUCAUUUUCUGGAAACAUUUACUCAUUUUGACACAUACUGUAUAUAGGGAAAAUAAGCAAAUGUUUUUUAUGGAUUAUGGGUACUGUAAAUAAGGGUUUCCUGUCACAUUUCGAAUAAUAAAUUAAAAUAGGGUUGAUAUUUUUUUGCUUUUGAUUGUCGUAUAUUUCUUUUGUCAAUGAGUAUGAAGGAAUGUAUAUUCUGAAGGGAUUUAGGGAGGGUUCUGUUCGUGGCACAAUAUACCAACAAAAGGGAAUAAAAGACAUUUUUCCAAUGAUGUUCCACAUGUUUUAAGCUGCCAUACAAUAAUUGAUUAUGAACCAUGAAGCAAGACAAUUACAUAUAGGAGUAUGUAUUAAGUUAUGCUAUAUCUUUUGCUACUUAUUAUGAAAAGAAAGAAAAAUCAAAAAUCGAAUCAAAAAGAAGGUUAGUUUGAUUGACAUUUUUUUGGUUUUUGAACCAAAAAUGCAUGCAAUAAGAUAUCGCAUAAAUCAAUCAUGUUAUAUUUCGUAUUGUAUUGUAUAUGGUAUUGCUUCAUAUCGAGCUGCCUUUAGAUAUAAAAUUCUAUAGGAAAUUUCCAAGAAAGUAUUUAAUCUCUGUUUUAAACUCAUACUUUUGACAUUUCUCCUUUGUUCAGGACACUACCUUCUUAUCAACUUUUCUAUUAUUAAGGAUUCUAUUGUUAAUCCUUUUAGGGUGUUAAGACUCAAAAGGGGGUAGUAAAGAGCCCUUUCAUUCUUGUGAUUUAAGAGUUUUUGUUAACAAAUAUUUUACGUAUAAAACAUAUUUGUUCUUGGAUAACCUAUAUUUGAUUUCAAUAAUUUAUUUAUAUUCAAAUUUGAAAUGUUUCAUUUCGAAAUUUCUGUCGUUACGUAAUAUAUUGUUGGGACGCUAUGUAUAAAUUAAAAUAAUUCCAAAAUGAUUCAUUUAGGUCGCAAGUUAUCUUAGCUGUUAUCUACUACAUAUUAAAUUUCAAUUAAAACAUGUAAGUUGAAACCAUUAAAAAAAAAUUUUUUUUUUUCGAAAUAUGAUUAAUAUUAAUAAUUGUUUUUCGUUAAAUCGUUUACAACUUUAAAAAUUCAUUGUAUUAGGGGCGUCGAGCUCGGAUUACAGAACGAAAAGCAACAAUUUUUGUAUAUUACAUCGUAACUGUUUUUCCUUGGUAGGUGCAAUUCGUUACCCACUUUUUUUUGUUUAAAACGCAUUCCAAGAAAAUUUUAUUGGAUAUAACAAUAAACAAAUAGUGUUCACAGUAAAUGUAUUUUAGAAAAAAAUCAUUUCCAUCACACAAAAAAGAAUAAUUUCAAAAUUAACAACAAAUAAAAAAAAAUUGUCUUUUUGAUGUCACUCGUAUUCUCUGGCAGUUGCAAAUUUUUUAUAAAUUAUAAACAUUGGAAACUCAUUGUUUAACUACGUCGUCUAAUUACAUGACAAAUUUCUGCAAACAUGUUCAUGAAAUCAUAAUUAUAUUAUAAUCUUUUUAAAAGCUCAUCAUAAUUAUUGUAUAUUUGUUUAUCAUCAUUGUUUGAUAAAUAUUUAUACAAUAAAAUUUCCUCGACAUAAAUAAUUCUGGAUUACGGACAUUUUGCAAUUUUUAUUUUUAAGAUAUUUAAAUUUUAUUUUUGUUUUGACCGAUAAAAUCGAUUCAGAUAAUUUUAUUUUUGAUACCGUGGGGAAAUCCAGUGACCUAUUUAUAUUUAUUAGAACAACUUUUUGUUUCUAAAUAAUUAUGAACAUGACAAACGCAGAAAUUUGAAAAUAUAUUAGAAGUUUGAGAUAAGAAAAUACUCAACUUCCAGCAACAUCCAGUACCCUAAGUUUGUAUGCCAUCAGAUUUCUGAAAAAAAGUUUUAUUUGGCUGCAAAGUUUUCUCGUAUAUUUCAACUUUGGAAACCGAUACUUCAUGAAUCAUAAACUAAUGUAUUCUUUUCUAUUUCAUUUACUCACUCCAUAUUAGAACAUUUGUUAUAUUACCUGCUUGUCUUGCUCGACCUUCUUAUGUAUGCACCUGGCGAGGGUGAUCAAGCAAGAUCGGUUCGAUUUCUAGCAACAUCUCUGAGAUUCCAUAAAACCACACGUUUAUAUUUUAUCGUGAAUAUAAUGCUACGUUUAUUUAUUUUACAACCCUCGAUAUGUGUUCACACACAAACAGGGGGCUUGGUUUACGUGAAUUUUUAACAUCCAACAUCUUCUUUUUGAUUCCUUUGUUCAUAUUUUGUAUAAAAAUAUAGUCAAGGCAAACGUUAGUUACUAAAUCAACCGCGAGCUGGUGAACGACUUUUUGAAGGCUUCUGAACGUUUGCCAAGCCUCGGCUAGCGUGUAAACGUAGCAUAAGAAGUGUAUGUUUUAUAUUUGGGGGUCAUUUAUACUCCGUAGGACUCAUGUAGGACAGUCCUGAACUAUUCAAUAAUAAUUCUUUUCUUUUACUGUUUCUUCCUUUAAAAGUGACCUACAUCUUGCAAUUAAUUGAUUUUGAUUAUCGAUAUAAAUUUGAUUAUUGUCAAAGUAUGGAAAGUUAAUAUGAGAAUGAAUUCUUUUUUGUGAUGAUGAUACAGCCUCUUAUUUCAAAUAAAAGUGUCAAAGUUAGGAAUAGUCACAAUAAAAAAGAAAUAACCAAUAACUGUAUGAAUUCGAAAAACUUAAUGGUUCAGUGGAACGGAACUUCAGGAUAUUAAACUGUAUCCAAAAGAACUGAGGGUCUAUAAUUUAUUUUUAUAUAAUCGGAAUCGUAUCUAAAUGUUCCCGAACCGUUAAGUUUUAAUAUUAAAAGCACGUUAGUAGCAGCAAAAUUUCGAAUAAUGUGUUCACUUUGUUACUAUUUUGCAGACUUAUUUUCCGUUGUUGAAUGACAUUUUUAAAAUGUAAUAAAUAAUGUAGCAUUGUCGGGAAGAUGAGUUAAUUAAUGUAAAGUGGAAGCUACACUUACAUUUAAUUUGUUCUAGAAUCACAAUUAUUUCAAAUAAUGUUAUGUACCAUCUGGCACUUAAUAACAAUUAUGAAUGAAAUAAUGAAGCUUCCUGUUAAUACAUCUGAGUUAAAUACUUCAAAAUGGUGAAAAUAUUGCUUAAUUAAUUAGUUAACAAUUUAUAAGCUUCAACACAAUUUUCUGAUAACUAUGAAAUAACAAUUAUUACGAUUUUUUCAUCCCAGUAUUCUCAAAAUAUCGAAUUUGUUUGGAAAAUCAAAAUAAUAACAUUUUUCAUAAUAAUAAUUUAUUUAUGUUUAUAAAUAUUCUUGAUUUUAGAUCUCUUCUGUUUCAAAAUUAGUUUUUUUUGAUAAUUUUUUAAAUGAAAAAUAAAAAUUUACGUUUCAAAUUUUAAGUCAUUAUCAAAAUAUGAUAUUGACAUUAACAAUUUGUUGUUUGUAUUGAUCCCUAGAUCACCUUCAUCAUUAAUAUCAAAAUAAGGAUAAAAUCAAACUAGAACUUUGUUCUGAUAAGAAAAAUUAAUUUUUUCUUAGUCCUUAUAUCUUAUUAGAACAAAGUUCUAGUUUGAUUUUAUUCUUAUUUUGAUAUUAAUGAUGAAGGUGAUCUAGGGAUCAAUAUAAAUACGCGAAUUGUAAGUGUCAAUAUCAUAUUUUGAUAAAGACUUCAAGUAAAGACUUGAAGAAAAGUCGAAAAGUCAAAUUUUAUCUUUUUGAAACAGAAAAGACCUAAAAUCAAGAACAUUUAGAGACAUAAACAUAUCAAAAGGUCUAACAAAUAAGAAAUUAAUAAUAAUAUAUUGAUUUUGAUAUUUUUGUUUUUUUUAUAAUGUAUUAUAAUAUCAGUGUGCAAAAUGUAACAAUUUUGGACGAAUAGUACAUUCUAUGAGAUACCUUUUCCUACACCAAAGAAAAUAUCUAAUGUAUAUUAAAUAAAAAAAAAAUUAAAAAAAAUAUUAGUUGGAGUAUUAUAUCACUCCAAUUGAUGUGGAUAUGUAAAAAAUAUUGCUAUAUAUAUUGUACAGCUAGUCAUAGUCAAAAUACGCUUAUAAAGUAUAAAUAAAAUGUGUUACUGUUUUUAUA